CCACCUCAAAAUAAUAUUCUCCUUCUUCCUUAAUUUUCCUCCAUGGAAGCAUCUAUUGAGCAAACAAAACCCUCCAUUCCUGCUGACGUCGACGUCGAGCUACAACACAUCGAAGAGCUCAAAGUUGAUCAGGUGAUCGACAACUACUGCAGUACUAGAUCCCAGUGGCUCAGAGCUGCUGUUUUGGGCGCAAACGACGGCUUGCUCUCAACUGCAUCGUUAAUGGUCGGAGUCGGAGCUAUCAGGAAAGACGUCAAGACCAUGGUACUAACCGGGAUUGCCGGACUUGUUGCCGGAGCUUGUAGCAUGGCCAUCGGAGAGUUCGUCUCUGUGUAUUCCCAAUACGAUAUAGGAAUGGCUCAGAUCGAAAGAGAGAGUAGUAUUGAGGUCGUUAGAGAGGUGAUUCGGGAGAACGAAAUCGAGGAGAGGAAGGGUAAGUUGCCGAACCCGUUCCAGGCGGCAACAGCCUCCGCCUUGUCAUUUUCCGUUGGGGCAUUUGUGCCGCUGCUAGCAGCGGGAUUUAUCAGUGAUUAUAAGGUGAGGUUGGGGGUGGUGGUGGCGGCUGUGAGCUUGGCGUUGCUAGGUUUUGGAGGGUUGAGCGCGGUGUUGGGGAGGGCGCCGGUGGUGAAGCCUUCGCUUAGGGUUUUGGUUGGAGGGUGGUUAGCUAUGGGGGUCACUUUUGGCUUAACCAAGUUGAUUACUUCUUUUGGAAUUUAA